UUGGUUACUACAUGAUUCCAUGUGUAUUUCAUAGUUUUGAUGUCUUCACUAUUAUUAUACAAUGUAGAAAAUAGUCUAAAUAAAUUAAAAACCUUGAAUGAGUAGGUGUUCUAAAACUUUUGACCGGUAGUGGAAAUCUUCCCUCAGCUUUUAAAAGGUUGCUGUAUAUUGUUUGUGAGCGCUUGUGUGUGUGCAUGCAUAUAUGUUUGUCAUUUACAUUUCUAUUGCUCUUUCAAGACUGACACGUUUAUUUCAUGAUAUCUUAGCUGUUGUAAUGUUGCAUUCUGACUGAGCGCUCCUUUUUUUGAGGACACCCUCUUCAAAGACAUGCCACUAUUUGGAAAUUUAGUAUUUUUACAAUAAUUAUUAUUAUUUAAUAAAGAGUUAUCUUGAAGCCGAUUUGGUCUAUCCUUUUCUGGGUCAGUGGGUGGAAACCAUGUCAUCCUGGUUGUAUAAUACUUGUUGAAUCAAUGAUAAUAUGUAAAGAUAUGAUCUGAUGCCAUUUUAUAUACUGUAUCUUACAUUGAACAUCAUAUGAUGUCAUUUAAAUCUGUAUGACAUAACUCUGGAGUAUUUCUGUUGGUUGUUUUGCUGGACUUUGAGGUUCAACUGCAAGCUGAACACACACACACACAGGUUAUCGAAGUGUGCAGGUAUUUCUGUCUGUACAGUGUUGGUGGGGCAGGGGCUUAUCGGAACACUACAGUGUUAGCAGGGAGGAGCAUCAUUGUUUAUCCUGCUCAGCCAAUGAGAAGGUCAGAGAUAGAUCCCCUCUACAUGGCUGAAAUCGUCUGGAGGUUAAAGAGACCCGACAGUCACCUACCAUCACACACACAGGAUUGAGCCAAGAGGACAACAGGACUAGCAACGGACAUCCUCUGACCUGUCUGUGAUUUUCUUCAGCUCUUCGCCAACUUCUACAGGAAACUAUGAUGGUUGGCCAACAGAGACUUCUCCUCACCGUGGCAACCUGCCUAUUUCUCCUAGCAACCCUAUGCCCCACCUUAGAGGCUCGUCGUGGUGGGAGCUUCGGACGUAGUGGCGGUGGGGGGUGGGGAGGUAGUAGACGUGGAGGUAGCGGUUACCCUCGUCAAGGUGGAGGCACGGGAUACCGACCAAUGCCAUCCUCGAGCGGACCGGCAUACCGACCAAUGCCUGCCCAGAGUGGACCGGCAUACCGACCAAUGCCUGCCCAGAGUGGAGGCUCCAGUGCGGGGAAGAUGGCAGGGGCUGCUGCUGCUGGUGCCCUGGGAGGAGCAAUGCUGGGCAGUGCCCUGAGUCGUCCUGGCUAUGGAGGAGGAUAUGGGGGGUAUGGAGGUGGUUAUGGGGGGGGAUAUGGAGGCUAUGGAGGAGGCUAUGGGGGCUACCCCAGAGGUGGAGGGUAUGGCCCCAGGCCUGGUGGCUAUGAGGGACCAGAGGGCUCUGGGGAUAUGGAGUACUACUAUGGAGCAUCCAGCGGGCCCAUCUAUAACAGCAUCAUCGUCAUCAUUGGGUCACUAAUGUCACUGGUGAUGGGGCACUGGAUGGGAGUGAUGUAGAGAUAUAGUGAACAGAAAGAGAGGGAUAGAGUCACAACUAAAGAUAGACCAAGACCAUGUGUAUAUAAAGACUCUUGAGACCAAGACUAGACUCUUGACCCCAGACCCAGACCAAGACCUUGGGUAUUGAGUCCCAAACCAUGACUGAACACUAAUCUCACAGGUUGUGAGUCCAUCUAAUUUGAUUUGCAGGUGUAGUGGAGCAAAUAUACUUCCUGUAUAGCUCCCUGAUCCAGAAACACACUGAUGCAGAUUCUUUGUCAACUAACUCAACAUUUGUUUGCUGAGACAUACUUAAACAACAUACAAAUAUCUAGUGUGAUAAUGUACCUUCCAGUCGAGCACUCACUACCUCAAUAACACAUGAUUUACUUUAUCUUUUCUUUACCAUGGUUGUUAUCAACUCUUUAAUAUUGCCAUGCUGUGGACAUACAGUAUAAAGGUACAUCUUUAUUUGAAAUAGUCCCGUUAAAACAGGUUUAACUUAUUUCAACACCUGGUAAAACAAUGGCAGCGUUUGGAUUUGGAUUUGUAAAUUCUGUAUAUUGUACAAUUCUAUGAAUUCUAUUUUGUUUCCAUUAUUUGUCUUACUUUAUUAAAUAGGCUAUGUGUGGUGGAGUGUAUAAAUUCUAGUAUGAUCCAAAAAGUUUUUGAUUGGUGUCAUUUGAUGCAUUUUUCCAGUGGGGUUAUUCCAAUAAAGACAUGAGAGACAGAGAUGUAAAUGUAUCCAUUUAUGACCUUGACUAUAAUCAGACUGUGAAGAGGAGCUCAUUAAAAUGAGAAUGGGUCAGUUCAGAUAGAAGUAAUAUUUAGAUGAGGCUUUUGAUGACAGACUAAACAUUAAAAGUCAUGUCAGUACCUGUACAACAACCAACAGUCAAUCAAGGAUGGUUCUUGAAGGCAGAUUGGAUUCUAGAAUCUGAAAUCUGUUCUUGGGAAUCUGUGAAUGGCUGUAUCUAGGCCAUUCAUUGAAGUGGAUCUCCGUUAAAAAUAAGAUUAGGAACCCGAUUCACACAGUGGAGGUAUUCAUUGCCAUGGUAAAGGGUUUUAGACUGCCCAGAGUAUCAUUGGGCUGCAAUGCUAUUGUUAUGACACAUAUGUUAACAUGUAUGUUGGUCAGCAGUCAAUAAUAGGAUGUCCCAUGACUAAACACUCACUGUGUGAUCCUGUUACUGUGGAAGAUCUCCUGGCUGCCAGGCUGUAAUACAGUCACUUCAUCACCAGGUGGAGACAUGAGAGAACUGGAAGAAUACUGGUUACCUGUUAGUUGACCCCAUAGGUCUGUUUCAUUAUGGAAAUGAUCCUCCUAACAAGUCUAUCUCACUCAUGCAAUUAUGGAUGGUAGACCUACAAUGUGCUACUUGCUACUGCCCUGAUUAUCUGGAGGAACAGUAUGUUGAUAUUUAUUGACUUGUUAUAUUAAUAAUGUUGAUCAUGAUUAUUGCAGAAAAUAAAGUGAGAACUCUAGAGAGAACUUUUCUCAAAUGUAUUUUCUCUCAGAACAAGAGAGCAUGAUAAAUGGAUCACCAGAAUGUUAAGGCAUCCUAAUAUGCAA